UUUUGAUCACUGCCGCUAGAGUGCGCCACCCUCCACGUUAAAUUUAGAGACAAAAGAUGUCUGCUCAGUCUAGAAGUCUUUUGAAGAAAACCUGGGUAAACAUUCGUCCUGGAUUGUCUUGGGUGAUUUAAAAGCUGGCCCCACGCGAUGGGUGCCACAGAAGGGCAACAAGUAUUUGAACUCAAACGUAUCCUUGCUGUCGAAAACAUUCAACUGAGUGCUCGCUCUCAAGCAAAUACAAGACAAAUUAUUGCCUUAGUUACUCAGAAUGGUGAUCUCAUUCUGUAUUAUACUAAUGGAGAAGCACCAGCAGUAUUACGAAGAGUACCAUGGUUUUUGGAGAGAGAAAAAAGGAUAACAUCUUUAGCUUUUGACCCAGCUGGUUCAUGGCUUUUAGCCACAGGAUGGGAUGGAUUUCUACAUAUAGUUCCUACAUUAUCAUUAGUGGACCCUAAAUCAGUCUCUGACCAGAGCUGGAAUCCCUUAGACCUGACUACGUUUCCAUCUGUUACUAACUCACCGCCAACAUGCUGUGUGUGGUGGCAAAGCACUGCCUUAGGACAUCAGAUGGGAUUAGUUGGUACAGAAUCAGGCGAUAUAGCCUUAAUAAAUCUCAAUACUGGACAACGUCUUGGAACUCGGAAAAUUUCUGGCUCUCUAUCAAUGCUUCAUAUUUGCCAUGACAAUUCUGACUCUGCAUACCUUUUGAUGACUUGCGAAGAUCGUCAACAAUGGCGAGUUCUUCUAGAAGACAGGGAUGGUAGCUGGUUUUGGCCUGAAGAGCCAGGACGUGGUUCUAGUCGAUCAUUGAUGAGGGAAGAGAUGAAUGGUCUCUCACCAGCUCCAUCUGCUAGGUCAAGACUUCAAGGUUUGAAACAAAUGUCAGUGGAGAAAUUAGCAAUCAUCAGACAGCGGCUUGCUGAAACACGGUCCAAAACCACUACAUCUAAUCUUUCUACAAGUUCUAAUGUGACAAGUAGAAGAGGAAGUGGCAGUAGUGAUGGCUCAGCGCGCAGCUCUGAUGCUUCCACUCCCAAUAGUAACUCUGCACCUCAAGUUGAAAAUUUGCGAUGGAUAGUAAAUGCAUUCUUAUGGCCCCAGACACUCAGGGGCCGCGAGGUUCUUUCCGCAUAUCAUGCACAAUCCAGCUUUGUAUCUAUGUACAAAAUAAAGGAUUUAGAGCAGCCUCCUGCUUAUGGUCACAAGUUGUCUUUUCCGUGUCGAGAUAUGUUAGUGACUGAACGUUUCCUUUAUUUGACUGACACAACAGCUAAGCGCUUCUCUGUAGUAUCAAGUAAAUUAUCUGAAUGCAGGAGGCAUGAUGAUUUGGAACUUAGUCCAGAAUCAGUCGUUGACUCAUUUGAGUUCCCUGGAGAGGAAAGAAUCAUCGCACUGUAUAAAGUUUCACACUCCAAAACGUAUCAAGGCGGUUCUGUACCAGUGGUCUCUGCAAGUGGUUUAAAUGUUAAAUCUUCAAAAUACUUACAUCAAGAGAACACUGCAGCAAAAUCUGCUAAAGAGGCACCUAAGUCACAUGAGCAAUGGCUUGAUCAAGAGGUGGAACGUUUAAGAGGACCAGCCAUAGACACUUGCAUUGUUGUCACCAGUCAUAGUAUUUACCACGUUGUCCUGAAGCAAUGUGCAGUGAGGAAGGUUCUGAAUCACCUUCUUGCAGGUGUGGACCCAGAUAAAGCAGGCCAGUUAUUAUGUGCUGAAUCAUUAUCACGAAUGUUUGUACUUGACCUGCAAAGAUUGCUGGAGCUGGCAGGUGACAUACAAUUGUUCAAAGGAUGUUAUGUCAAAGCCAUUGAACUGUACAAGUUAGCCAGAUGCCGACAAAUCAAGUGGAUUGUGAAGCUUGCUGCUGGCGGCCAUUCUGGCCAGCUAUUGAUUGCCCUUCAGGAGGGUGCUCUAACAGCUAAUUCUCAGGAUGCUAAUCCUGUGGAACGCUGUCAGCUUUCAAAUCUUGCUGUCCUCUGCCAAGCUCAGCAGUACCUAUCUACCGAAUCCCCUCAAUUAUUUAGUGGUUUUAUAAAAUUUUUAAAGUUGAACCAAUAUUAUGACGAGCAAAUGGCUGUGAAUAUUUUUGGUCAAAACCAUUUAUGGCCCUUUCUUAAUGAACUUGCUUGUUAUCGUGGGCUCCUCCCUGAAGUUUUAGAAGCCCAAGCAAAGAUGAUGUCCCAUGCUUUGUCUGAAUGUGAUGUAACUCAGAAACAGAAACAGCUUCUUUUGAUGACUCAAACGGGAUUUUGGGAAUCUGUAAGUGAAGGCUGUCUUAGGGAGGCUUUUCUGCAGAGGCCUCAAUUUGUUCGUAUCCAUUCUAGUUUUAUUAAGUCUUGCCUUGGUCAUUUAGAGUUGGAUGUUUUGAAGCGUCUUGCUGCUCUUUAUGAUCCAACACAUCCGGCUCUUCGUCCUGGUCUUCUUCAGUUAUUUAGGAGCACUCGGUCACGGGAAGGCAGCAACGAAAGAGAGUUGUCUGUUUCCUUUGAUAGUGCCUCUGUCAGCUCCUACUCUAGUGAUUUUGUUGAGCCAACUGUAGCAGUGUCUGAGAAUGUAGCAGUGAUGGAGGACCUGGUCAUGACAUUUAUGCUGCUACUGUUCCAAAUUUGGCACAAAAGCCAUGAUUUUGAAUACAAGCCUGAUCUUGCUGCCAGUGUUGUUCGAUUACCAAAGCGAACUAAUGAUUCUCCACCAUCUCAGGGAGUGGAAGUUUUAUCAUUAGUUACUUGUGAGUUGUCAGCUGGUUAUGGCCAUGCUGCUUUAGUUAGAAACUCUGGACUCUUUACAUGGGGCCGUAACAACCAUGGAUGUGUAGGGAUGGGACCAACUAUGAACCGCCUGAGCCAGCCUCGACCAAUUCUGACAUUUAAUUCACUGCGAACACAUGUGCUUAGUGUGGCUUGUGGGCAAAAUCAUACACUGGCUCUGACAGAAAAUGGGCUAUAUUCUUGGGGUUCAUCUACUUAUGGCCAAUUGGGACUUGAAAAUAUUGUCCAGUCUCCCUACCCAAGGCUAAUGACAUCACUGUUGGAUCAUAGAAUUGUUGCAAUAUCAGCUGGGCAGUAUCACUCUCUGGCCCUUACCUCAACAGGCAGAGUAUUUUCUUGGGGAUGGGGUGUUCAUGGUCAACUUGGACAUGGCUCUGUUGAAAAUCAACCAGUUCCAAGAAUAAUAUCAGCAUUUAAUGGCCAAGUUGUAAAUGCAAUUGGUGGAGGCCAUGCUCAUAGUUUGUUCUUGCUAAGCUCUGGUCAGGUCUUUGCAUGUGGUUCAAGUGUAUUUGGACAAUUAGGAACUGGUAACAACAUCAAAAGCAGUUUGCCGACUCCAGUGUGCAAUCUUCCUGAAAGUAUUACUACAAUCGCAACUGGCUAUUUUCACAAUUUGGCUAUCAGUAAAUCAAACAGAUUGUAUGUGUGGGGCUCCAGUCCACAAGUGUUACGUAUGCAAGCACAGGCCCAAAAGAAGGCGAGAAUGUUAUUACAGCAACAAAUCCUGCAGCAGCAGCAACAGCAGCAGCAACAGCAAUUGCAGAAACAGCAACAGCUUAGUGAAAAAGAUUCCAAGAAACUCACUUGUGAAGAUCAGGAUUCUAACGGAGAUACACAAGAUGAUCAAUUCCAAAUAAUAACAUUGAGAGACUGUCAAGACAACACUGAUGAAAUUUCUGAAAACCAGUCAGAUGUUGCCACUCAAGAAUCUGACAAAUCUGAAAGUCCUCCAUACUCAAAAGUUACCAACAAUGUUCGUUUGAAUGGGCCACAAGACAUAUUUAUCGAUCCUUUGAAUGCAACAUGCAUGUUUCCUGCCACAGAACUUUGCCAGCCACAAGCAGCAAGUAAUGGUACCAGUCCUGACACAGAAGCUGUUUCCACAAAUUCACAGUCACAGGAGAAUGAGGAAACUGAAGUCCUUGCUAAAGCUGCACUCCCUAUCCCUGAUUUAUUGGCAGAGGCAGUACCCAAAGUUGUUGUUGACUUAGUUCACACUGUCAAACUAGCUGCAUCGACUCCAGUGAGUGCUCCAGUUCCUCCAGUUGAAAGGCCAAUUGUUCCUUCGGUAAAUAUGGAUGCCGAGACAUCUCAAAGUCAUCUUUUGCCAGCCCUUGUUGACACGUCUCUGGUUGAAGGCUUGAUUGCUGAGAUUGCUUGUGGGUGUCAUCACUCUGCUCUUGUGACGGAGGAAGGCCGGGUGUAUACAUGGGGACGUAAUAUUGAUGGACAGUUAGGACAUAGUGGUCGAAAAGAAACUGCUAUCCCUACUCUUGUGCCUGACUUACGAGCUGCACAAAUUGCUUGUGGUGCUGACUUUACUUUAGCAUUGCAUGCCGAUGGGCAAGUAUUCGGAUGGGGAAGCAAUGCAACUGCACAGAUUGGUCGGAUGCCUCAAAAAGAGCCCAACAAGGGUUUAGAGGGAAAGACAAUCAUGUUAAAUACUUCCAAACGAGUGAUAAAAAUCCCUAACAGUGCAAAUAAUCGAAUUGAAAGCCCUCAAGAGAUUCAGGGGAUUCCACCUAGUAGCCCCACUCCUGCGUAUUCUAGUGCUACACUUAGUGCUGCGCCUGCGGCUGCAUGGGCAACUGAAUUGGCUACCGUUGAGCAGCCACCAUACGGUUCACUGACUCUGCAUUGGGCAUUACACCGUUUCUUCCCUUAUUACAGCUCCGGAUCAUUACUGCAUAAGAGUUUGCAGCAUGGCAACCUGCAGGCUGCUGGACGCCUUUCCCUUCUGGCUAAAAAUAUCCCAGCAUCUCUUGGUUAUCAUAUGGAUGCUUUCAUCCGAACCUGGAACCAGAAGUCACUCACAGGCACAAAUAUUAACACCAUGUCUAAGAUGAAGUCACCCUCCCCCAUGGGGAAUCUGAAACUUGAGGAUCAACAGGACUCACCUGUUAAAGGUUCAAGCGACACAUCAGAACAUACUUCAUCAUCAACAGCUACUUUGAAUGAUGAAAAUGGUGGAUCGUCUCAAAGUGAUAAUUCUGAAAUGCAUGCUUUUGCUGUGCAAGGCGGCAACGAAGAAAUGUCUGAGGGGACUGAUUCUGAGAAUACCAAAUCCAAUCAGCAGCCUUCAGAUGAAACAUCAAGUAUGGCCUCUGUAAGUUUGGAGGAACAAGACAUUGCCCCACCUAAAUCUGGUUCCCAGGUCGAUAUAACUAAGGAAUCAAAUGAGGAAAAGAACAAUGCAGUCACAGAGGAUGGAAAUCAUGUUGACAAGCAGGACAUAAAGCAAGCAAAGCAAUAUGGCUGGUUGCAGCAUGAAAUAUUCCGACUUAUUCAGUUGCAUAUGAAUUUAGUGGAGGAGGAGGAACAGGAUGAGUCAGUAACCUCACUGCUAUUGCAAAAGAUUGUCACAUUUUGGGUUAAAGAGAAUAUACCAUCUUCUAUUCUUGAGCAACUACUACAGCAGCAUUGGAAAGAAUUGGCAUAUCCUUUUGCAAAUUUGAUAUUUUGCUCUGAUUUGGAUGGGAGUGAGAAGCUCAUCGAAUCUCUGUCAACAUGCUUCAUGAUGAAAUUAUGUUCUUCGAUGGUAACCCAGCUGAAAAACAAAGGCGAGUGUUCUGAGUUAAAUACUCUGCUGAUGCGCUUGAUGUCUCAAAAAGGUUUAUGGAAACCGUCAAAUGACACAUCUGGAGUGACCAUGGAUCAACUAGUUGAACAUUUAACUACUAAUGCAGCAGGCAGAAGAGCCCUCCAUAUUGAACCACUUCAUGAUUCUCUGGACAACAACAACAUCGUUGCUUUUUCCUGUGGUCAUCAAUUAAAUUGGCAUGACUAUAAUGCUGAGGUUGCAGCAGCACAAACAGAGGGCUCAGCGUUGGCUGGUGUCCUCUCUGAUGGUGAAGAUGCCGUUUUCCAGCAUGCCUGCCCAUCCUGUGUGGCGCAGUACUUGCUACGUAUUAAACUGUGAUGCAUACUGUACUCACAUUGUUCACAAACCCUAUUUUAUUUUAAAGUUUGAGAGAUUUUUAUGGUGAAGUAAUUGAUCAUGUCAGAUUUUAUGAACUGUGCUCAGUUAGAGUUGUUAAGGAGUCAUGAAUUUCAGAAUGUUAGGUCUACACCAUUUGAAUGUUUUUGUAUUCUUUUGAGGCAAUUGCCUACCUGCAAGCUCAUUAAUUAGACUGUGGAGCAAGAAUUUCUGUAUAUUAUUAAACUCAAUCUCCUGGAUAGAAAGCUCAAAUUGACCACUAUAUUAAUGUUUUUAUUUUAUAUUGGAUCAAAAUGGAUCAAUGCUGCAAAGCUACUGUAUUUGAUUAUGACUUAAUUGAUAAGAUGUUCAAAAGAGUGAACAGCCUGAAGUUGACAGAACAAGUUAUAGCUGUCAAAUACUUACCAAUGUAAACUCAGUGAAGACUCGUUUUUUUACUGCUUUUGAGUAUUUUCUUCAACUUUGUCAUUACAUUACUUGUAAUGCGCUUGAGUUUUAUUACCUUUUCUUACUGUAAGGCUACUUAAAGGGAUGUUCUUGGUAAAUUUUAUUCUUUGUAUGAUUGCCUUUUUCUACUUAGAUAAAGUUGUCCAUAAUUAAGUGGUAUUUUGUAAAAGAAAGAAGUUCACAAAAGUUCUUGCUGUUUCAUCAAUUUUGUACAUUUACCUGCUGUCAUUUGCAUUGUUAACAAUGAUGUUCAAACAGUGGUAAUAAUAAUAAUAAUAAUAUUGGAAUGGGCUGAGCAGUCGAAUGCGAAUGAGAACUCUGUGAUACAGAGGAUAAAACCUCCAUGGGGCCACAGGCAGAAGGUUUCCAUACUGUAAGGUGCUGUUCCUUAUACUUUUGCCCAUAAACUUUUUUUUUAAUCAUUUUAAGAAUUUUGCUUAAACAGUUGAACUUUUGCAAUUUUUUAAAACUCAUUUGUUUAGUAUGGAAUCUUUGUAUGACAUGUUUUUAGGACAUUUAAAGGUUUCGAACUUCUGAACGAUUACGUAACAGCUGGAGUCUGCUUAUUUUGUGGUAUCGCAGUUCAAGUUUGAACAGCUUAUUCUAGCCUAUACCGUUCCUUUUCAUCUUGAGACAUUUUGGUGCCGUAGUGCACUUAAUUUUGUGUUAAUAAUUAAUUUAGUAAACUUGGUUUAAUUUGCUUAACUUGAUGUGUGAUGAAAAUGUGAUAGUAUGUUUUUAAGUAAGAGGUCUUAACUGCUGUGAUGAGGAUGCUGCUUGCAUAAUUGCUUAAAAAUUUGCUUUGAUGAUAGAUUAGUUUGUUUUUUUGUUUUGUUUUUUUUCUUCAAGUCAUUGUCCUGCCCACCUUCAUGAAAAUAAUGUUUGUAUCCUGUAGUUUCAAAGAUGGUAACUGUUUUGUUGAUGUGCAUUGUUUUGUCUAAUGUGUCCAUGAUGAAUUGACUGUUAAAGUUAUGGACGGCAUUCAUUCAGUUCUAAGUCGCACUGGUGAAGCCAAUUUUGAGGUCCGGAAACAAGGGUGCGCCUUCGUCUAUGUGUAAAGUAGAUGGGAUUCUAUUGAGAAAGCCACAGUUUUUUCAUGGGUACAUGACUGAAGCGCCAACUUCCAGAUUGGAAGCUGAAGUCCAAGGCUUCCAUUAUUUCUAAAACUUCACAGACAAGUCUAUAAGAAAAGCUUUAUCUUGUUUAAACUCGCUAGUAAGAAGUAUUAGUUAUUAAAAUUUGAGGCAGUCUUGAUGGCGUUAUUAUUAUUAAUAUUUCUUAUUCAAGUGUGUCUGAGCCUAUGCUUUUGUAAGUUGUUGUUCCCGUUUACAAUUGGUUUGGUUUUACAAUUAUUUUAUCCUAUCCCCUCUUUUGUACAACACUUAAAAAGUAACAAUUAUGCCGACUGAGCUUGUCUGUAUUAAAGGGUGAUGUUAAGUAGCUUCCAUUAGCAACUGUUUUGAGGCACAUGCCAUGUCCUGAGUGCCAUUGGUGCCAUCCUCAUCUUUAUUUCUCUAUUGAUACAGUUUGUCCAUGAUGCAAGUUUAGUUUGAUUAUUUUAAUUGCCUCUGGGGAUUCCCCCUUUUCUAGUCAAAAUCCAGUUGCCACUUAACAUUUUAGAAAAGGAAGCUAAAGUUCAAAUACCCCGCUGCCGUUGCCACGCACUGUAGGAAAAGUAGAAAUCCUUCAUUUGUUUGAAGAGGUUUAAGUCUGUACAAUUGUACAAAUUUUGCGUUGUGGGGUAGAUUGAGUAAUUGAAUGGAUGACACCUGGGCUUUUUUUAAGUUUUUUAUUUUAAAUUUUAUUUUAUAUUCUAAGGAUGAUGUACAUGUUGUAUUCAUUGGGGUUUGAAUGACGAUUGUCAAGAAGAGAAAUUUUCAUUGGAUUUUGUCCUAUCCAGUCUUUUUACUUUGCUUCUGAGCUUACUAAAUUAUAGUUUCAAUGUUAAUCUUAUUUCUAAUGGCCUCAGCAUUAAUGAAACUCAUUUAUAAGUAAUUUGAGAAUUUUCCUUUAUCUCUAUUGGAACAUAAAUUUUUGUAAGAUAAGAAUGACUUAUCUACCUCUGUAAUUUAAGACAUAGAUGGUCUUUCAGAUCUGACUUGUCAUUUUUGUCUAAUGCACCAUCAUAUAUCAUAAUCAAUGUGACUGUCCUGUCUUGAGCUUAAAAUUGUAUUACAAUGAAUCGCACAAAAGCUACUUCCUUGACAAAUCUUAGUGUAUGCUGCCAUCCAGGUCCGGAGGUCCGUCCAUCUGGAUGCCUCCUUUUUGCCCGUGCAUGCAUGCAUAGUCAGGGUCAGAAAUCUCAUUUGGACGUGGCUUGUUACAAUGGGCGGACCCCCAGUCCUAAAGGGUUAAUCUGAUGUUGUACCCUGCUCUCUAUUUUUAAACCUAAUGACUGUCAGGUUCAGGAUAUAGCUCUCUCUGACGGAAGUUAAUAAAGAGACGUGUUA